GACGGAACCCUCAGGCAACCUCUGAUUGGGCAGCGCGGCGCCCAAGAGAAGAAACGCCGUUACGCGGGUUGCUGAUUGGGGAGUCCGAACUGGGGGGCGUGGCUUAGUUCCGCGCGCCGGGAAGGACGAGGCGUCUUUUUUUCUCCUCGUCGGCUGCCGCCUGCGCUGGGCCUGCGUCGAAUCGGUGAGGCAUCGGGCGUCGGGGGGGCCAUCGGGGCGGGAGGCGACGCGUAGCCGGGAAUGGCGGGCCGGGCCUUCCUGGCGGCAGCGCGGUUUUUGUCCCGCGGUCCAUUUUUCGAUGCCGGCAGCGGGCAGAGGCGCCGCAACAUCCGGGCAUUUCCCCUGCUUCUCGGCACUCGACAUCCGGGCAUCCGCUGUUGCUCCGCUUGGCUUAACAUCCGGGACUUUCGGCCUGUGCCUGAUCCAGCAGCCAGGCUCUUCUUGGGUCAGUGUAGAACCUCCAGGUCCAGCGGCAGUCUAUCUGGAUUGCCAAGUUCUUGGAGCAUUUGGCCCCUGGGAGAAGUGGAGGCUGGGCUACAAAAUCAUCAUCACCAUUUUAUUUGUAUGCCGCCUUUCCACAGUUAAAACAAUGCUCAAGGCGGCUUACAAUAUGAAAAUAUUUACAUAAUUACAAAUAUAGCAAAAUAGUCAUAAAAAUUAUGAAUUCUGGUGCUGGAGGAGACUCUUGAGAGUCCCAUGGACUGCAAGAAGAUCUAACCUCUCCAUUCUGAAGGAAAUCAGCCCUGAGUGCUCACUGGAAGGACAGAUCCUGAAGCUGAGGCUCCAAGUCUUUGGUCACCUCAUGAGAAGAGAAGACUCCCUGGAAAAGACCCUGAUGUUGGGAAAGAUGGAGGGCCCAAGGAGAAGGGGACGACGGAGGAGAAGAUGGUUGGAUAGUGUUCUCGAAGCUACCAGCAUGAGUUUGACCAAACUGCGGGAGGCAGUGGAAGACAGGAGUGCCUGGCGUGCUCUGGUCCAGGGGGUCACAAAGAGGCGGACACGACUAAAUGACUAGACUACAAUAAAAGUCAUAAAAAUAAAAUACAUUAAAAGCUACAUAACCAAACUGCACAAUUUCCACAUAAAAAUAAAGAAACAAAAAGUUAAUACCGGUAAUAUCAGUUAAUAUCAGUAACAAUGGCAAAAACCUCCAACGAAACUUCUCCCACAAUACCCCAAUCCUUGCUGGGCAGCAGCCACAGAGAGGCAGGAACAGGGCCCUCAGGCACUCAGCAGCAAGAUGUUCUUAGGCUCUUGUCUCCCUUUUUCCUGUGUUUUGGAGCCACUCAGUGAACAGUGUUGGAGGGAAAAGGGCCAAAUUUCCCUAUAACUGCUGCCUCAUCUGGGAGCCAGUGUGGCGUAGUGGUUAAGAGUGGUGGACUCGUAAUCUGGUGAACCGGGUUCGCAUCUCUGCUCUUCCACAUGCAGCUGCUGGGUGACCUUGGGCCAGUCACACUUCUCUGAAGUCUCUCAGCCCCACUCACCUCACAGAGUGUUUGUUGUGGGGGCGGAAGGAAAAGGAGAUUGUUAGCCGCUUUGAGACUCCUUCGGGUAGUGAUAAAGUGGGAUAUCAAAUCCAAACUCUUCUUCUUCAUCAUCUGGACUAGAAAGCUGUUUUGCGUUGUUCAGGAGGGUCUGCAUCAAUGCUUUCUGAGAAAGAGUUCCAGCUUUUGGGGGUGGGGGCAGACUUGGCAGCAGCUGUGUCUACUUUUGCAUAAGUGUCUCUAUUGUUCAGAAAUGUGUCCCAUUUCUUCCUGUUCUGACAAGUUUUGUUUUGCCCCUCCAGAGUCGGCUGUUGACAGUGUGGUCGUCGUGAUGGCUGUCCCCGAAACGCGGCCCAAUCACACCAUCUACAUUAACAAUCUCAACGAGAAAAUCAAGAAAGAUGGUGAGAGGCUGUUCAUUCCUCCUUUGUUUCUUACCGGCUCACAUCUCAGAUACUGUCCCAAUUUCCUGAAUUUUGCACAGAGAAGGUUGGAGUGCUUUUGGCUCCCAACUUUCCUCUGCAGUACUGGGCGUAGUUUGAGUGUUAUGAGUGCCCAUCACAGUAUGUAAAUUGGCAGGGUGCAGGUUCCAGUCGUUUGUUUUGGCCAUUUUUAAUUGCAAUUCUGCUUGGACCUUAUGACCACCGCAGCACCUCACGUGCAGUUGUGCUAUCUUAGAAGAAUGUACAGUGGAGCCUCUGGUUACGUUGCCUCUGGCUUACGUCACCCUUGGGUUGCGACCUGCGCAAACCCGAAAGUACUGGAGUGGGUUACUUCCGGGUUUGCGCACGCACAGAAGUGCUAAAUCAUGGGUGCGCAGAUGCGAUGCUUUGGGUUGCGUCGUUUUCCGGUUGCGGCAGGGCCUCCAGAACAGAUCCCUGCCGUAACCCGAGGUUCCACUGUAAAACAAAAUAAUGGAACUUCUUUGCUGAAUGCCCACUGCUGGUCCCGUGCUGUGCAGGGUUAUUUAAACCAAGAUCAGCACUUUGAGCUUAGGCAGUCAGCAGCCAAAGUUGGUGCAGCUGCAGCUGCCGCUUUGAAUGAGCCGCACACAGAGGUAGCUGGCCUGAGGCCCCCAAGCUGCAUUUGGUUGGCCUCCUGCCGUGCGGCAAAGCCCAGGAAGUAUUUGAGGAACACAAGGACUCCCCUCUGUGUGCCCCCUUCCAAGAGGCACAGGGAGGGCAAUUUCUACGCACCUGCCAGCAGAAGACUCUCCCCAGUGAGGCUUGCCUGGCACCAACACCGCCCUCCUUCCAGCACCAAGGAAAGACCUUGAUAUUCUCCGGGAUGCUUAGACAGGUUUCCUGGGGUCAAAGUGUAACUGUGUGUAAUCUGCUUCCCCCCUCUUUAGAGCUGAAGAAAUCUCUCUAUGCCAUUUUCUCCCAGUUUGGCCAGAUCCUCGACAUCCUGGUCUCCCGCAGCCUGAAAAUGCGGGGACAGGCCUUUGUCAUCUUCAAAGAGAUCAGCAGCGCAACCAACGCCUUGCGCUCCAUGCAGGGCUUCCCCUUUUACGACAAGCCCAUGGUAAGUGGGGGCUGCUUCUGUGGGGGGAGGCUGCCUUCUUCGCUCCUUGGCAAAGAGGGAAAGGCCCACCUAGGUUGAGGCUUUAAAAGUUUUCUUGCAGCCUCCUUCGCGUUUGGAGGUCCUCCUGCAUUUUGGGUUCUGGCAGGCCUGGUUAUAAUAAUAAUAAUAAAUUUUUAUUUAUACCCCGCCCUUGCCAGUUCAAAAAUUGGGCUCAGGGCGGCUAACAACAAAUUUAAAUUGAUUGCAACAAAAAAACAGCAUAAAGUACGUGAAUAAUAAUAAAUUCAGAAUUCAAAAAUCAAUUUAGGGGGGAAAUCCACCCAAUAAACAUUAGAUGAUCACCAGGGCUAGCUGGCUAAAUUAGUCCUAUUUGGGCCAGCGCGGAGACCAGGGGAGAAUUAGCUGUGGGAUCCCAGAGUGGGUAAUCUUCAUAAAAAGGGGAGGGGGAGGGAAGGAAGAGGAAUAAAAGAUCAGGCUAAGUGCAAGUUGAAAGCCAGGCAGAAUAGCUGUGUCUUACAGGCCUGAUGGAAGGAGGUUAAAUCCUACAGGGCCCUGGUCUCAUGGGACAGAGCAUUCCACCAGGUCGGAGCCAUCACUGAGAAGGCCCUGGCCCUGGUGGAGGAUAAUCUAACUUCUUUAGGGCCCGGGACCUCUAAACUAUGAUUAUUCAUGGACCUUAAGGUCCUCUGCGGGGCAGACCAGGAGAGGCGGUCCCGUAUGGUGUCUGCAUUGUGUGUUUUCCUCCCUGGCCAACCAAGCGCUCCUCUUUCCACCCCCAGAGGAUCCAGUAUGCCAAAUCCGACUCUGACAUCAUCGCCAAGAUGAAGGGCACAUUUGUGGAGCGGGACCGCAAGCGAGAGAAACGGAAGCCCAAAGGCCAGGAGGUGCCAGCCACCAAGAAGCAGAUCCCUGGGGGAGCGGCACCGGUGGCCCCUGCCGUCCAAGGCGCUGUGCCGGUGAGUAUCCGGACCCGGGUGCCCACAAGGCGCUCUCCCUCCUUCCCAUCUGCUGGGCCUGGGACGGGACAGUAAUAUCUGCCUAGCAUGAUCCCUCUAGGUUGUUCCCGUUUAGGUCUGCUGCUUGGAGACCCUUUUCCCUGUUGGGCUAUCCUACCAUAGGGUGAUGGGGCUGAUAGCAGAGUUUGGGACGUUGAUCCUUCAGAGAAAGCACAAUUUGCAAAUGUAAAGAGAUUCUGGUUGCAGCUUUCUGAGUUGGACCUUGGGCCUUCCUGCUGUAAUAAUAAUAAUAAUACUUUAUUAUUUAUACCCCGCCCAUCUGGCUGGGUUUCCCCAGCCACUCUGGGCGGCUUCCAACAGAAUAUUAAAAUACAAUAACCUAUUAAACAUUAAAAGCUUCCCUAAAGAGGGCUGCCUUCAGAUGUCUUCUAAAAGUCUGGUAGUUGUUCUCUUUGACAUCUGGUGGGAGGGCGUUCCACAGGGCGGGUGCCACUACUGAGAAGGCCCUCUGCCUGGUUCCUUGUAACUUGGCUUCUCGCAGCGAGGGAACCACCAGAAGGCCCUCGGCUCUGGACCUCAGUGUCCGGGCAGAACGAUGGGGGUGGAGACGCUCCUUCAGGUAUACAGUGGUACCUCAGGUUACAGACACUUCAGGUUACAGACUCUGCUAACGCAGAAAUAGUACCUCGGGUUAAGAACUUUGCUUCAGGAUGAGAAGAGAAAUCAUGCGGUGGCAGUGGGAAGCCCCAUUAGCUAAAGUGGUGCUUCAGGUUAGGAACAGUUUCAGGUUCAGAACGGACCUCCGGAACGAAUUAAGUACUUAACCCGAGGUACCACUGUACUGGACCGAGGCUGUUUAGGGCUUGAAAGGUCAGCACCAACGCUUUGAAUCCCUUCUGCUCCCUCUGUCCUUUUAGUGGGUUGAACCGAGCAAAGAGGGGGCUCCUGGGAAGCCUUUCUUUUGGCCCCAGAGUAUUUGCAGUUUGUCACGCGUGUGUUUUCUCUCUCUGCCUCUGUAGGGCAUGCCGCCCAUGAACCAGGCCCCUCGUAUGAUGCACCACAUUCCAGGCCAGCCGCCCUACAUGCCCCCUCCGGGAAUGAUGCCUCCCCCAGGCAUGGCACCUGGCUCCAUCCCCCCGGGGGCGAUGCCACCGCAACAGAUGCUGCCUGGCCAGAUGGCUCCAGCCCAGCCGGUGAGUGGGGAUGGGGAGAGGACUGCCCUGGGAUGGGUGGGGCAGAACCACAAUGCAGAACCCACUGGUUUGAUGGGUCUGGUGCUGAUCUGCCAUCAGGCAAGAUGGCGGGUCUGUGAAGUUGUGGGUGAGAUGGGAGCAGGGUGGGUCAUUGGCAAGAAAGGCCUAGCCACGCUUGCGUUGGGUGGGGUGCAACCUGCCUCCCCUGCUCUGAGGGCUCAGGGUGUCUUGGAGUUUUCAUCAUUCCUGGAUCUUUCUGUCUGUUUGCAGCUGUCAGAGAAUCCUCCGAAUCACAUCUUGUUCCUCACCAACUUGCCGGAAGAGACGAACGAAUUGAUGCUCUCCAUGCUUUUCAAUCAGUAAGUACCUGGCUGUGUUUCUCGCCACUAGGAGGGGCAGGCGGAAGUUUCCGAUCUGCGGUGUUCUCUGGGGAAGGCAAAGCUGGGGCCGCCAGGGGAAGGCUUGCUUGGUAGUUGUGUUGUGGGUCUUCUUCAGUUAACCACACCAGUUGUGUUAAGACAGCUUUAGUUGGUUAAAGCAGCAGCCGCUGGGGAACCCACAAAAGCUCUGCUGCUGAGCCAGAAUUCCUUCCUGCUCACCAUGCCCACAUAUCCCCCCCCAAAAAAAUCAUUUCCUCAGGCCCCUGAGCAACACUCCAGUUCCCAUCUCCAUCUCGUCAUUCCUUCCCCCCCCCCCCAUCUUUGCCCUUGGACCGGGGUCCGUCCUGGUCUUCCAUUCCCAUGUUGCCCCCCUUUCUCUCUACUUUCCACCCUCUGGUUCCCGUGUUGGGGCGAAGCCUUCAUCUCCUCUUGCUCCCCCCCACCCCCCAGGUUCCCAGGCUUCAAGGAAGUGCGUCUGGUUCCCGGGCGCCACGACAUCGCCUUUGUGGAGUUUGACAACGAGGUUCAGGCUGGAGCCGCCCGUGACGCUCUCCAGGGAUUCAAGAUCACGCAGAACAACGCCAUGAAGAUCUCCUUUGCUAAGAAGUGAUGCCUCCGCUGUCCCUGGGCAACUCUCCCCCUGCCCUUUCUAGUUAGUGCCUGUGAAAUGGUUUUUUGGGGGGGCGGAGCUGUUGUUCUGUUCUGUUCUGUUCUGCGAGGUAAGUGGUGUGUGUGCGUGAGAGUGAGAGGGAGCCCGGCAGCACAAAAGGGCAGCCAGAUCUUGCUGUUCCUGAGCCAAGAGACCCAUACAAACUGCCCCCUGCUACUCUUGGGGACUUGGAACUGUGUGUGUGUGUGUGUGUGUGCGUGCGUGUAUGUAUGUACACAGGCAGCUGGGGAUAGUAGCCGACUCCUUGCAAAAGCAUUGUACCCAGGGUCUGACGGCCAGACAUUGCACCUGGAGCUUUUCUGUUUUGCAAUAAAACAACCACCGGUUUAUUUUUCACCUUGGA